GGUCAUGAAGAGAUUAGUGCUGGGUCUCACUCUAUGGCCCCUCCUCCUUUAUUUCCAGGGAUGGGGGUGGAUUUUACCUCACAACAAGGCCUGUUUCAAAGACCAUUAUGGAAUCAGUGUAUUGAUGAUGAAUAACUCAGCCUUCCCGGAACCACUGGCAAAUCUGAAAGCUGCUAUGGACAUGAGCUUGAAAAUGGUGAAAGACCUGCUUAGAGAAGACAUAAAUGUGACCAUCUACUACCACUACUCCUUAACUCCACUUUUCAAGAUGAAUGACUGCUCUAGUAGCACCUGUGAAGGCUUGAGUGUUCUUAAGGCUCUCAAAGACAACGACACUGUGGGAUGUGCUCUCAUGGGACCUUCCUGUACCUAUUCCACCUAUCAGAUGUACCUUGACACAAUUUUGGAAUUCCCUAUGAUUUCGGCAGGAAGUUUUGGAUUAUCAUGUGACCACAAAGAAACUUUAACCAGAUUGAUGCUUCCAGCUAGGAAGAUGAUGUACUUCUUAGUUGAUUUUUGGAAGAUUAACGACUUGUCUUUCAAAACUGUUUCAUGGAAAACAGCUUACGUUUAUAAGGGCAAUGAAAAUACGGAGGAAUGUUUCUGGUACCUCAAUUCUCUGGAAGCUGGAGUUUCCUAUUUCUCACAGGAAAUUCAAUUUAAGGAUGUGUUGAGAAGUGAGGACGAGUUUCAUGAUAUUUUGAGCAAUGAGAACAGGAGAAGCAACGUGAUUGUCAUGUGUGGCACACCAGAGUCCGUUGAUGCCGUCAAGGGUAAUUACAAGUCAGAUGAAGACAUCGUCAUCAUUCUGGUGGAUCUUUUCAAUAACCAGUACUUUGAGAACACCACGUCACCUCCUUACAUGAAAAACGUCCUCGUGAUGACGUUGAUGCCUGCGAAUUUCAGCUUAUCUAACUUACUAAACAUCUCAUUGGUGAAAGAUGACUUUGUCCUUGCCCACAUGGAUGGAAUCAUGCUCUUUGGACACAUGGUGAAGCAAGCACUUCAAGACAAGACGGGUGACCUUUUUUCUCAUGCUUUCCGAAACCUCACUUUCCAAGGAACUCUAGGUCCUGUGACUCUGGAUGAAUGGGGGGAUGUUGACUAUAAUGUGACUCUUCUGUAUACUUCAGCAGAUACUAAUGAGUACAAAGUUCUUUUGUCCUAUGACACUCAUCUAAAUAAGACCAUUUGGUAUGAGAGCAGCCCUGAUCUCAUGUGGAAGAAUCGUAAACUUCCCAGUGGUGAACCAGGAAAAGACCCUGAAAUCCUGUUGAUUGCUCUCUUUGCACUUACAGGAGCCAUUAUACUGGUACUACUCAUUGCUCUACUGGUGUUCAGGACAAAUAGAAAGAAUAACGAACUUCGUCAGAAGAAGUGGUCCCAUAUUCCAACAGAAAAGAUCUUGCUUCUGGAGACUAAUGAGACCAGCCAUGUGAGCCUAAAGAUUGAUGAAGACAAGAGACGUGACGCAGUUACAAGGUUACGUCAAGGGAAAUACGACAAAAAGGUGGUGAUCCUUAAAGAUCUCAAACACAAUGAUGGCAAUUUCACUGAGAGGCAAAAGAUAGACUUGAAUAAGUUACUCCAGGUUGACUACUAUAACCUGACCAAGUUCUAUGGUACGGUGAAGAUUGACACCAUGAUCUUUGGAGUGAUUGAAUACUGUGAGAGGGGAUCCCUUCGGGAAGUUUUAAAUGAUACAAUCUCCUACCCUGAUGGCACCUUCAUGGACUGGGAGUUUAAAAUCUCUGUUAUGUAUGACAUUGCCAAGGGGAUGUCCUAUCUGCACUCCAGUAAAACUGAAGUACAUGGUCGUCUGAAGUCUACUAACUGUGUAGUGGACAGCAGAAUGGUGGUGAAGAUCACUGAUUUUGGUUGUAAUUCCAUUUUACCUGCAAAGAAAGAUCUAUGGAUGGCUCCUGAGCACCUCCGAGAACCAAAUGUGUCUCAGAAAGGUGAUGUGUACAGCUACGGGAUCAUCACACAAGAAAUUAUACUACGAAGAGAAACCUUUUACACACUGAGCUGUCGGGAUCAGAAAGAGAAACUUUACAGAGUGGAGCAUAACAAGGGUUCAAAACCAUUCCGCCCAGACCUCUUUCUGGAGACAACUGAUGAAAAAGAAUUGGAAGUACAUCUGCUUGUUAAAAGUUGUUGGGAAGAAGACCCAGAGAAGAGACCUGACUUCAAGAAAAUUGAGAGUACCUUGGCUAAACUAUUUAGUAAUUUUCACAGUCAAAACAGUGAGAGCUACAUGGACACCUUAAUCCGACGACUUCAACUCUACUCUCGGAAUCUGGAACACCUGGUAGAGGAAAGGACCAAGCUAUACAAGGCAGAACGGGACAGAGCAGACAGGCUUAACUUCAUGUUGCUACCCAGGCUAGUGGUAAAGUCUUUGAAGGAGAAGGGUUUUGUGGAACCUGAACUGUAUGAGGAGGUCACAAUUUACUUCAGUGACAUUGUAGGUUUUACCACCAUCUGCAAGUAUAGCACUCCUAUGGAGGUGGUCGAUAUGCUCAAUGAGGUCUACAAGAGCUUCGACCACAUUCUGGAUCACCAUGAUGUCUACAAGGUGGAGACCAUUGGAGAUGCCUAUAUGGUUGCUAGCGGGUUGCCAAAGAGGAAUGGCAAUCGACAUGCAGUAGACAUUGCCAAGAUGGCUUUGGAUAUCCUCAGUUUCAUGGGAUCCUUUGAACUCCAGCAUCUUCCAGGCCUUCCUGUGUGGAUCCGCAUUGGAGUACAUUCUGGCCCAUGUGCUGCUGGAGUUGUUGGAAUCAAAAUGCCUCGUUACUGUCUGUUCGGAGAUACUGUGAACACAGCCUCAAGGAUGGAAUCCACAGGCCUCCCUUUGAGGAUUCACGUGAGUGGAUCCACUAUAUCUAUUCUGAAGAGGACCGAAUGCCAGUUCCUAUAUGAAGUGAGAGGAGAAACUUAUUUAAAGGGAAGGGGAACAGAGACCACCUACUGGCUCACAGGAGUUAAGGACCAGGAGUAUAGGUUGCCAACACCUCCUUCUGCGGAGAAUCAGCAACAUUUACAGGCAGAAUUUUCCAACAUGAUCAUUGAAUCUUUGCAGAAGAGGCAGUCCCAAGGUUUACCAAACCGGAAACCAAGGCGUGUGGCCAGUUAUAAAAAAGGCAGCCUGGAGUACUUGCAGCUGAACACUACCGAUGAUAAUGAGACCUAUUUUUAAAUCCAAGCAAGUGCUAAGACCUCUGUUAAAUUAGAAUCUACAUAUGCAGGAGAUCUUGUUUAUCUUGGAAGUUUGCCUUGUCAAGAAGACUCUAAAAUAAACAGAAAAGACCUAGAAGCUUUCCAUAUCUUUUCUGGUCAUCUCCUUGGAACAUGUUUUCUUCUAUGAGUGAGACUCAUCUCCUUAGUUGACAUAACUAUAUGUUGUUGCGUGACCUAGACAGUUUCUCAUUGAACUUUAUACCCUGAUAAGAAGGAAAGAUAAUUCUAUACUAGAACUCAAAGAAAUUCCACUCUUGUGGGGUUUUUGUUCCUUUUUUUGAUGGCUCUUUUUCUUGCUAUUUCCAUUUUGGUAUUUUUAAUUGUCAUAAUUAUAUUUCAAAUGUUAUCUCUGUAAGAUUAUCUUUGACUUGUAAUUUUUGGAGGAAAUGUUUUAUUCUGUUUGAUAGGAAUGAAAUAAAGAACUUUUUG